ACUUAAACCGGCACUCAACAAUGAAGCCAAUCCCUCUCUUUCUUCUAUUUUCAACACUCCUCCUCCCAUCCGCCGCAGCAUCGAAGCCGUCCGCUCCGCCAAAAGAUCUGAUCCGUUCCUCAUGCAUCAACGACUGCUACCCAUCUCUGUGCCUCCGCACACUUUCGUCCUACUCGGGUCCCAUCAACACCCCACGCGACUUAGCCCAAGCUGCCGUCAAAGUCAGCCUGGCUCGCGCCCGCAAGGCGUCGAGUUACUUGACGAACAAUGUGACGGUGGCUUUAUGGAGAAGCGGAAGGGAACGAGCCGCGUUGACUGACUGCGUGGAGCAGAUGGCGGAGUCGGUGGACGAGUUGAGCAGGACGUUGAGUGAGUUGAAGCACCUGAGAGGCGAAACGUUCGAGUUCCAGAUGAGCAAUGCGCGGACGUGGGUUAGCGCGGCUCUGACGUACGAGGACACGUGUCUCGACGGAUUCGAAGGGGUUGAGAAGAAGGUAAAGAGUGAUGUGAAGAAGAAGAUUACGAAUGUGGCCAAGGUUACCAGUAAUGCUUUGUAUAUGAUUCGUAAGCUUGAUGAAAGUGGUGGAGUGAAUCGGUAAAAUUUUGAUUUUAAUCU